AUGUAUUCAAAUCCUGCCGCUCGAAAGUCCAUCGACAGCCUUGCUUCGCCCACGUCUCCGCUCACCCAUCGGACAGACUUCCCGUUCCAUAGUGGAAGGCAUGGCUCUGUCAGCACCAGGCGAGGCUCGACCGCGAGCUCCUUGCACUCGGUCGGCGGCGCAUUGGAUCAGGGCAGCUGGAGCAGUAGCAAUACCAUGCUGGAAGCAGGACAGAAUGCAAUAUCUACGCUCCUGCAACCACCCAUCGUCCGAACCGGCCUCGUCCCCCACACGUCCGCUCCAGCGUCGAGUGCCCACAGGCCACCGACAAUCAGAGACAUACCUCCGGUGACCCUGACCAACAUCCAGAAAGUGAACCCUGCCGAGUUCCAGCCAUACCUCAAGCAGGUCGGCGCCCUCUACACGCAGCUAAAACAGGUCAAGGCGAGCGAGGAGGAGGACACGUUGCAUCGAAACAGCCGUGGGAAACCAGAUGAGCUCAUGGAGCCCUUCGAGGACAACCGACUGCGCCCGGGCAGGCGGCCGCAGGGGUCUCGAAAAGCGUCUGUGUCCUCAAUAUCGUCUUGGACAAAUGUGGACGCGCCGAGCCCCGUGCGAAGGUCCAGUUCGAGCUAUGCUAGGAAAUCCGCGCAGGGUCCACCACCACUCUCCACGAUCCCGCUGGUCUACUUCGAGGAAGACUUCCAUCUGGAGAACCCCAGGACAUUCGAUGUUGUAAGCGAGAGGUCGGAGGUGGUGCGCAAGGAGGACAAGAACUCAAACGGGGAUGCGCCAGCGCCUCGGAAGACCUUGUCAACGAAUGCGAUCCUCCAGGAAAAGCUAUCGUGGUACAUGGACACCAUUGAGAUGCACCUCAUCUCUUCCAUAUCUACGGCUUCGACCACAUUCUUCAGUGCUCUGGGCUCCUUGAGGGAACUCCAUACAGAGGCAGCAGAAUCUGUGGACAAGAUCAAGACGCUGAGGCAAGAACUAGAGGCUCUGGAUGAGGAGAUAGUACUCACUGGGCUCAACACAAUUCAGCAGCAACGGCGACGUGAGAAUGUUCAGCAACUACACCAUGCUGUUCUGCAACUUAAAGAGAUACUGAGUCAGCUAGUGAAGUGCGAGUCGCUGGUUGACGAAGGGGACGUGGAUGCUGCCCUCGACAGCAUCGACUCGCUCGAGAGACUCAUAGCCGGUGAAGAGGACGAGUUCAGGCCUUCAGCCCCGGCAUUACGGGAUGUCCAGCUUAUCGAUCUACGAAGUGCCACUGCGCUCCAGGGUGUCAGUGACGACGUUUAUACCUUGCGAUCACGAAUCGGCAAGGCUUACGAGACGAGAUUUGUGACAAGCCUCAUGGCCGACCUUCGACGUCAUGUUGGGGAAGUGUCAAACCAGGAGGUCCUCACGCGCUGGCAUACUGCGUCUAUGCGAGCUAGAGGCGGCCGUACUCGCGAGGCAUCUGCGUUCCCAUCAUACCUGGGCUCCACCGACGAAGUCCGGGCAAAACUUAUUGAAAGCCUGGCAGGUCUCUACAGGGCAAAACAGAUUGGCGUCGCCGUCACAGCAUACAGGGAAUCUGUGAUUAAGGAGAUCAAAAGUCUUGUGAAGCAAGGCCUGCCCAGCUCAAAUGACGACGACAAUGCGUCUAUGAUGUCUGCUUCAACUGCUACUGGCGGGCGGCAUCUCUCCCAGAGGGAGAAGUCAUCCAUCCUCGCGCGAAAUCUGCGCGCCAUGGACCCUGGUGACGCAGAGGAAUUGUUGGUGAAGAUUUACGUCAGUGUGACUGAGACUUUGAGGAGAGCAUCAAUACAGGUCAAGGUGAUGCUGGACGUCGCAGCAUCCAUUGAAGAUGGGUCGAUCCCAUCCGGUCUCAAGUCGCCACCCCUUAAAUCACCGCCUUUGAGCCCAGGUGCGAGAAGACAGUCCAUCGCAGGACUCGAGGCCCAAGAGGAGAUUCACAAGGUCAUGGACUUGUCGUCGCUCCUCGGGAACUGCAUUGACAUAGCUCAAGACAAGGUUGUGAGGGUGCUACGGGUCCGGUCCGAGCAGAGCACACAUCUGGAGCUGGUCUGGUUCCUCCGAUAUUUUACUCUCAACCUGCAUUUCGCCAACGAAUGCGAGUCAAUAUCUGGAAGGGGGGGCACACAACUGAAAGACGAGGUCAACGACCACAUCAAAAGAUUUGUUGCAAGCAAUGGAGACCGUGAGCAGCAAAAGCUCGCUCAGGGCAUGGAAUCUGAUCAGUGGGGCGCGAUCGAUUUUACCGAGAAGCACACUGCUCAGCUGAGCCGGAUCCUGGAAUGCAGUACGAGCGAUCCAAACGACUGGAUUCUUGGCACACAGGUCUGGAUUCCAUAUCCUGAUGGGGACGAGGAGGUUAAUGGCGUUGAAAAUGCACCCCAGAGCAACGGAUCAGGAAAGUCCAAGGCUGUCAUCGAUUCCGAGGCUUUUGUGCUGCCGAACUCUGCCGUAUACUGCUUGGAGGGCAUGUCGAACUUCCUGCACCUAAUUGUCGGCAUUCCAUCCAUCACAUCAGACGUCGCGAAGUCUCUUGUGAAGUACCUCCAAUUUUUCGACUCCCGCUGUAAGCAGCUAAUCCUCGGAGCCGGUGCUACAAAAUCCGCCGGCCUGAAAAACAUCACCACUCGACAUCUGGCCUCGUCCUCGCAAGCGCUGUCAUUCAUAGCCACUUUGAUACCCUAUGUUCGCGAAUUCAUCCGACGGCAUGGCGGCUCGGGCGGGGCUGCUUUAAUGGCAGACUUUGACAAGGUUAAACGGGACUACCAAGAGCAUAUGCAAACCAUUUUCGACAAGCUUGUGGAGAUCAUGAGCGGGAGAGCUGGGGCACACGCCAAAACCGCGAAGGCGAUCGAGUGGGACAAGGACGAGAAAAGCCCACACCCAUAUAUCGAGACGCUUGUCAAGGAGACGUCACUUUUGCACCGCAACCUUGUCAAGCACCUGUCGGAAGACACCGUGCGCAUGAUCAUGAUUCCCGUCUUCGCCAGCUUCAAGGAGCAGUUCGGGUCCGCGUUCCAGGAGGCGGAUCCAAAGACCGAGGCUGGUCGGGACAGCAUGCUGCGCGACAUAGAACUCUUCAAGGCGAAGCUAGAACACAUCGACGGCUUCGGGGACACGGGCGACUACUUGGUGGGUAUCAUCAACUCGAAACAGGUCAAGAGCGCCUCCCCGCGUCCGAGUGAGACCAAUGGCGAGGACAAGGCUGCGGCAGAAGACAAGGCUGCGGCAGAAGACACGUCAGAGGCCAAAGACACAGGACGCGGCAGUGAGGAGAAGAAGCCUGCGCAAGCGGGAUUCGACGGUGCCACACGCCCUCAGUAA